UGGACAGGAGAAACGAAAGAGCGUCUAGCCAGUUUCAGUUGUUUGUUUAUUUACAUACCUUUGGACUAGUGCCAGCACACUUAAUUACUAGCUUGUAUGUAUUAUCUGUAGUGGAAUCUGGUGCCACCGUCCACCCGUGGUAACCAUGGCGUUACGGCAACCGAAGAUCAUCGAUCUGGAUCUCCCGUCUGUUCCGCUGGUGUGGACGGGAUCCGUGAUGACCCCGCACAUCUUGGGAUCGUCUUUCUCCAAUAAGGUUUUCGUGGGUGGCGUGCCUUGGGACAUUACGGAAACAGAUCUUCACUGCGCUUUCGACUGCUUUGGCACAGUCGCAGUGGAAUGGCCUGCUGGAUUUGGACCAAAAAGUGCUACCGAAGCACGUCAUUUGAAGUCGCCGAUUCGCAGGCCGAAAUACGGAUAUCUGUAUUUGAUUUUUGAGGCAGAGAAGUCAAUCCUGAAUUUGCUGGGAUCUUGCACAUACGAGGUGGAAAAGCAUGGUUUCUAG